AGAAAAAAAAAGUUUUUCCUCCUGUGAGUUUGACACAAACGUGACUGCAGUCCAGAAGGAGGAUUUGAGAAGCUGUGGAUGCAAAAGAGGUGCAGUGCACUCGGGUUUUUUUGUUUCGCGAGUCCACCCACUUCCAGCUGUCUUCCCCCGGACCCUCGCCCACCGGAUGCCGGCCGUGCAGCACUGACUAGCGGCUUGCUCGCUUGUUCGCGUCUCGCUGUCAAAACUUUUCCUUAAUCAUGGAUUUCUGGCACCGACGGACGGACUGAAAAUAAAAGCUUCUGGUAGUUUCUACCGGAUACUAAUCGUCUACGAAUUACGCAUUUGAGUGACUUUUCCGAGGGGGACGAGUGCGUUUGAAGUGAGGGGACAUGCAGAAGUUUAAUGCCCGCGGGAGCAACACGCUGCCCCGGCUCGCUGACAGUGACGGGACUGCGGAGGGGAAGGAGAACGGCGCUGGGAAGCAUUUCCUCAGCAAACCUGAGGAGGAGGAGGAGGAGAGCUCCAUCUGCACCAAGAGGAAGAUGCUAGUCGGUUUGGAUGUAAUAUGCCUGUGUGUCGCCUCCAUUCCAUUUUUUGCUUGCGAGCUGAAGGCUGUGACGCCGUACAGACGGGGGUUCUUCUGCGGGGACACCAGUAUUACGUAUCCCUACGUGGAGAGAGAGGCUAUUCCUGAUGGUCUGCUCAUCGCUGGCGGUAUAGCCAUCACUGGCCUCACGAUCGCACUGGGUGAAUGUUACCGAGUCCGAUUCCGUGGCGUACGGUCCCGUGCGUUUGUCAGCAACCUCUACGUGUCGUGCCUGUACAAAGAACUGGGGAGCUUCCUGUUUGGCUGCUGCGUGGGCCAGUCCCUGACCAACAUGGCUAAGCUAAGCGUGGGACGCCUGCGACCCAACUUCCUGUCAGUCUGUAAUAUCACUUAUGCGUCCAUCAACUGCACGCCGGGCAGCUACGUGUCCCAGGUCACAUGCCGGCAGCCCAACCAGAAGAUGGUCGAGGAAGCGAGGAAGUCGUUUUUUUCCGGCCAUGCAUCCUUCGCCAUGUACACCAUGCUCUAUCUAGCGUUUUACCUGCAGGCCCGGUUGUCAUGGCGAGGGGCCCGCCUGCUGCGCCCCCUUGUGCAGUUCAUCUUAGUGAUGAUCGCCAUCUACACCGGGCUCAGCCGCAUUUCAGACUACCGCCACCACCCCACUGACGUCCUCACGGGCUUCAUUCAAGGAGGGCUCACUGCAUACUGGGUGGCCUUCUACAUCUCCUCCAUGUUUAAGCCUUGCACCCGUCCAGACCUGUCCCCGACUAGCAUGUCGCUGGAGAGUCCUCUUUCUAGCCAGCAGACUGUGUGUUAGCAAUCGAUGGCGACAAGGAUCCGGAAAACAUGGACACGACGAAUGUCGAAGCGUCUGCGAGGAGCUGAGAGACCAGUUGUGUUUUUUUUCCAAGAAAGGGAAUCAUUCCAAGGAGAUGAUGUGGUUAAAUGUUGAUGGAGUACAAUCUAACACAUUGACACACAAUCAGUCACGCAGCAGUGAUGUAACCUCUCACAUAUGUGAAACACAAGAAGCACAUUUGACUCAAAGUCAAACCCGUCCAGUGAGAAGAACUGCACAGUGAUAUUAUAGAUUUUUUUUUUAAUGAAAUAUAUAAAAAUGUUUAAAAAAUGUAUAUUUUUCCAGAUGAUUAUUAGAAGCUGCUAAUAUUGAUAGUAAAAAAAAAUGGUUGUGUUUGUCUGUGGUGGAGGUCAAGUGCGCUGGGUCAGCCGUCCAAGCUGAAUUUCGGCUUAUAAAACGUCAUCUUUAAAAAUGGCUGCUGUGAAAUGACGCCAUGAUGCCUCAAAUGAAAAAAAGACAAGACAAAACACUUGGAUAGUAAAAAAAAAAAAAAGCACUGGUUUCAACUUCUUUAACCUGUCUGAUGCACCACUGCUCUAGUCAGACUGCCCCUCCACGAAAUGACGACGAUAACAUGUACUAAAAACGAUAUAUACUGUGUUUUAUAUCUGUUUCCGUACUAACCACUUUGUGUCUCAGAGACGGAGGUUUGACUGAAUUUCUUUUGCAACUACUCCGGUCUCUGAGCUGCACAUUCACUUGUGUGAAUCGCCUCGCUGCGUGUCUUUUUACUAGUAGCACUUGAUACACCAUGGAACCUUUUAUUUGUAAUCCAUAUUAUAUAUUUGAUCACAAGUUGGGAAGAAAAACUAAGAAUAAUCAGUGUUUGGUUUUGUCUGGAUCGCUUGUAUGAAGGAGUAUUAGGCCUACGCUGAAAAGGGAAAAAAAAAAAAUCACUAUGAGAAUAAAAACAAACAAGAAUCAAAAAAUUGUCAAAAUAUUCUAAGAAAAAUUAGCAGUUUUUAACACAUUUUUUACUAAUUUCUAACUAAUUAAUAUACAGUACGAAACACAUGGAAUACCUUGACUAACAUCUCAAUUAUAAAAGCAAAACUGAGUUCAUUCAUUCAUUUUCUACUGCUUAUCCUCACAAGGGGGGCGCUGGAGCCUAUCCCAGCUGUUUUCGGGCGAGAGGCGGGGUACACCCCGGACUGGUGGCCAGCCAAUCACAGGGCACAUAUAGACAAACAACCAUUCACACUCACAUUCAUACCUAUGGAGUUACUAAUUUGGAGUCGCCAAUUAAUCUAGCAUGUUUUUGGACUGUGGCAGGAAACCGGAGUACCCGGAGAAAACCCACGCACGGGGAGAACAUGCAAACACAGAUAUGGCUGAGGGUGGAAUUGAACUCGGGUCUCCAGCUGUGUGGCCUGCGCGCUCACCACUCGGUCACCGUGCAGCCACCCACGAAACAGUGAUUAUUAAUUAUAUAAUUAAAAACACAACAGAGCGAUGGAAUCCCCUGCCAUUGGGUGACUACAUCUACACUACCGUGGGUGGAAUUGACCCGGGUCUCCUAACUGUGAGGUCUGCGUGCUAACCACUCGGACACCGUGCAGCCAUGUUUUUAAACAGAGGAUUUUUAAAUGCAAAACAUGCAAACUCCACACAGAGAUGGCCAAAGGUGGAAUUAAGAGUUAUGAGUUAUGAUUAUGAUCUAAUUUUAUGUAAUAUUAUGAGAAAAAAAAGUGUUUAAUGGAAUUACCAGACUAAUAUAUAGCAGCUGUCUAGACAGAUCAUUUAAUCAGGAGUUCUUCCAUUUACUCUUCUUGCAAAUUAAAACCUUUAUAUAAUUUAUACAUUUCUUAAAAUGUUAUUUUCUUCUUGUCAGCGUGGCCCUAAAUGCUCCUGUUUUGGUUUUCCCUUGAAAUGACAAUUGCUCCAAUUGAAUGUACAUAGUCUGCAUUAUUUUAUAAAGCAUACACUUUCACGAGUAUUAGGUUUUACAAUGUCGGUGUUAUAUUUACGUUGAUGUGCGUCGAUCAGGUACGGAGAGUUGUACUAUUUGUAUGUGUCGUAACAACUAGACUGAGCCAUAGAUUGUCACAGAGCUAUUGUUGUUGUUGUUGUUGUGUUCCCACAUAUUGUUUGUUUUGUCUGUGAAAGCCACAUGGCACAAAUAACCACUGUACUCGGAGAGAAACCAAACCAAUAAAAUGAAUGUUGAAUGUUUCUUUAAUUGCUUAUUGCCUUUUUUUCCUCCCAGCUAUCUCGUAUGACAGGCAGAAACAAGAACCGAAACGACU